AUGUGUACGUCCUUUUCUGGAUACGCAAGCCUCAACUCUAGAAAAACACCGACUUCUGCUAUUCGAAUCGGCGGAUACCUUCAGUACCUCCUCGUUGCAUUUCAUCCAGCUGCUAGUAAUGGAGGAUGUUCCCUUUGGUAUUGUCCCAUGAACAGCGUGCCUUUACUGGCUGACCUACGUCCUUAUCACGUUCUGGUGUACAAACCUGUCUCAACCGUGCGAAUGGGCGAGCUGUUGUUUUCCGCAUCGCAGUGGCGGAUGAGACCUGCAACUCCUAAGGAUCCAAUAUCUUACCCUGGAGAACUUUACCUGCCUUACGAAAGGCAGGAAUUCUUGGUUGAAGCCAGCAUAUACUUGAAUGCCCUCAUCACGUUCGUCGUCUUCACGAGUGAAGCACAAGCGUCAAUGAAUUUCCGUAACGUUUCGCUUUCGGGCUUGACUCCGGCUUUAUAUGAGCCCGGACCAAUAGCGUUGUUUCCUCUGCGUUUGGACUGGGAGCUGAUAGCGACUCUUCUCGCCUUCUUGCUGGUCGUUCAUUUUUUCUCCUGCGAUGGUCUGCUUUUGAACAUCAAAUUUUCAUUUACUGUACCUCCUCGCGUUCUCGGACCGUCGCUAACUACUACACAUCUAUCUCAACUUCGUUUAAUUGCGCUCAUUGCCUAA